ACUGAACAACUAAAUAGAAAAGUAAACGAAUAAGAAGCACCUAGUUAAUCAUCGCAUCUUGUGGUUUCGUAGAUAGUGGCUCGUAAAUCUCAGAGAGUGGUGUUUGAUCGAGCUCUGAGAAAUAAGGUUUGGUAUCAGCAGUGGUACAAAAAGAUUAAAAAAGACAUAGUGUUGAGCAAAACUGACACUUUCACAAAAGAUUUCCAGAGCUUGCGAGUUUUAAUACAGUGCUACCCGACACAACCUCACAAAAUGAACAGCGGCUACAGCAAAUCUAGUGACAGUGCCACGAAGAGCGACGUUCGAAGUGUCGAUGGUAGUGUUGUAAAUGGCGAUGGAAAUAACAGUGUUAACGGCAAAGAAGGUGGUUCAAGAAGCUAUCAAAAAGUUGGGCCCAACAACGGCUGGAAUGAUUGUCCAUCAAUCGAUAUGCUAAACAAUUUGAAAGACAAUAAUAGCGCUAAAAACAGUGCCAAUGGCAAUCCGAGCAGGAAAAAUGGCAACAGCAGGGACAGAAGAAAGAAGCAUCUCAACAUGUUGCAGCAGCAGUACAGUGAACUAAACCCAGGCCAGCAAAGUGUUGCUAGCGAGAGCUUUUCUAGAUAUCAUGAUCGAGUGAACCAGUAUAAUUACGACAAAGACAACAUCAAGCAGAAUAGUGAAAAGGUCCACCAGAGCAUCAACGAUUACAACAACGAACACCUCAACAGCAGCCACAACCCCCUCCACAACAUCAUCUUCACACAGCCCAGGCCUGGUCAGAGUAUAAUGACCCUUCCGGGAAUACCCCUUCAUCAUAGGCAGCACAACAACAGAGGAAGCAGCAGCAGUGGGUCGUUGUAUAGAAGUCGCCACAUGAAGGAGGAGUCCACAAGAGACAGCAGCAGCAGCAAUGUCUUAGGCACCAUGGUGGGCAUUGGCAGCUUCAGCACCAAGUACAGCAAGCACAGUAAGCACAGCGACCGUAAGUAGUGUAAAAACAACAGGCAGCACAUUCAGUAGAUUCAGCAGCUUCUUCGACAGAUCCCCCACAGUGGUGUAUGCUGUCCCCAGCAUAUGGAUGCGUGUGAUUGC